AUGUCGGUAACAACAGCAGUAGCCCCUGUGGGGUCUCUUUUGGUGCCGUUUCUCUUCGGCUAUGCUGCCCAAUCUGGGAUGCGUUAUGGAAAGGAAAUAUACAACAGCGAUGUUGUGUCGGAGAUGGGCAAAGCUGCUGAGGAAAUGGAGCGGUUGAAGUUACUCGCAUUAAAUGGAUUGGAAAACGCCGGCUUGGCUGAGGCGGCGCAAAAGACAUAUGUGAAAUUUUGGGCGCCUGUGAGGGACUCGUUUCUAUUACCGGCAGGUGUAGGAGGAACUGCAUUUUGGCUGGGCAGUAGAUCGGGCCAAGUUGCGGCUUACUUGUCUACUAUUACUUCGAAAAUGCCGAUAACAGGAAGGUACAAUACGAUUGGGUUGGCGGGGUAUUCCAUAAUUUUUGGCAGUGGUGCACUU